GUGCGCCGGGUCCGAGCAUCAUGGCAGCAGCGUUCAAGAAGGCGGCCAAGUCCGGGCAGCGCCAGCACCGCGAGCGCGCCCAGCCUUCUUCUCGGAAGCACCUGGGAAUUCUCGAGAAGAAGAAGGAUUACAAGCUCCGCGCAGAUGACUACCACAAGAAGCAGAAUGCUCUCCAGGCGCUUCGCAGGAAGGCCCAGGAGAAGAACCCGGAUGAGUUUUAUUUCAGAAUGACCCGUGUGCAGCUUCAGGAUGGAGUUCAUGUGAUUAAGCAGCUGGAAGAAGAAACCACACUGGAGCAGCAGAAGCUGAUGAAGACGCAAGAUCUUAAAUAUAUUGAAAUGAAGCGAAUAGCGGAAGUCAAGAAAAUCGAAAGGCUGAAGUCACAGCUCCACCUGCUGGAAGCUGAAGGAAAACAGCCAAACAAGCACACGUUCUUUUUUGACACAAAGAAGGAAGUGGAAAGAUUUGACAUUGCCACCCACCUAAACACUGCUCCUCAGCUGGUGGGCAGAGUAUACAACCGUCCAACCCUUGAAACACUGAAGAAGGGAUCCAUACUGGGGACCACCACACCUGCCCAGUUACAGAAAUUAGCCCAACAGAGGAAGAGUCAGUACAACCUGCUGAGGCAGCGCAUCGAACGUGAGCGGAAGAUGUUUGUCGUUGCUCAGAAGCUCCAGACCCGGAAGGACCUCUUGGACAAAACGCAGAAAGUGAAGCUGACGAAGGAAACGGUAAACCAGCCGACUAUUUACAAAUUCCAGUUCAAGCGGAAACGCUGACUGCUCCCAACCAUGGGGGAAUCCCUUUUCCCCAGUUGGCUUGGAGGAGUCCCUGCCCACAUGGCUUCACUUGCAGGAGCAGUUGGAUUCUGCUGGCUUUUCUCUAUCUCAGAAUAAAUAUACAAUACAAAUCCA